AUGAGCUGUAAGAAGAAGAGAUCACGGGAAGAAGACUCAGUCAAAGAAAAAUCUAAUAUGAAAAUCAAGCACUAUUUUUCUCCGGUCUCUAAAAAGCAAAAGACUAAUCCCAGUACUUCUCAAACGAAGAUGGUGUCUAGAGGCAGCCCAAGUGAAAUAACUAAUACCCAGGCUCAAAGAUUCCAUUCACCUAAGAAAAAUCCAGAAGACCAGGUCAUGCCCCAAAAUAAGAUAAUAUAUGUUACCCUGGAGGUAAACCACAAGAAAAACCAACAAAUGAAACAUGGGCUCACACAUAGUGAGAAUGGUAGCUUAUAUACAGCUCUCAACACUCUCCAGGCUGUCAGAAAAGAGUUAGAAACUCACCAAGGCCAAGAAAUGCUUGUGUGUGGUGCAGAAGGAAUCGAAGGGUACAUAAACCUUGGAAUGCCACUCACUUGUUUUCCUGAAAGAUGCCAUGUGGUCAUUACCUUUUACAAAAGUAAAAGUAAGCAGAAAGAAAAUAACCAAGUAUUUGGCCGGUAUGACAAGGCAUCGACUGAAUGCGUCAAAUUCUACAUUCAUGCAAUUGGAAUUGGGAAGUAUAAAAGAAAAAUUGUUAAAUGUGGGAAGCUUCACAAAAAGGGGUACAAACUCUGCGUCUAUGCUUUCAAAGGAGAAACCAUCAAGGAUGCUCUGUGCAAGGAUGGCAGAUUUCGUUCCAUUCUGGAGAAUGAUGAUUGGAAACUCAUUGAAAACCAUGACUCCAUUUUAGAAAACACCCAGCUAGUUGAUGAAUUAGAAGGCAAACUCUUCCAGGUUGAGACUGAGAACAGAAUGGGCCCCAGUGAAGCAGGUCCUCAGAAUCCUGAGUCAGAGAAAAGAAACACCUGUGUGUUGAGAGAACAAAUCAUGUCUCAGUACCCCCAUUUGAAAAGAGAAAGUGAAAAAAUCAGGGAAAACUUCAAGAAAAAAAUGAAAGGAAAAAAUGGGAAAACGUUAUUUCAAUUGGAUAUUAAAAACUUUGGAAAAGUAACAAAAAACUCUUAUUCUGUUAAAGUACUGAAACUUCUUGGACAUCUCAGUGACUCAGUUGGGUACUUAUUCUGGGACAGUGCAACUGCAGGUUGUGCCACCUGCUUUGUUUUUAAAGGAUUGUUCAUUUUAACUUGUCAGCAUGUAGUAAAUCUCAUUGUGGGAAAAGGAAUAGAGCCAAGUAAGUGGGCAGACAUAACUGGUCAAUGUGUAAGGGUGACAUUUCAUUAUGAAGAGCCACAAGAAAAGGAAAUGAACUGCUUUUCCAUUGAACCUUGGUAUGAGAUAUAUAAUGAAGAGCUUGACUAUGCUGUACUGAAACUGAAGGAAAAUGGACAACAAGUACCUAUGGAACUUUAUAAUGAAAUUGCUCCUGUGCCACUUAGUGAGUUGAUACAUAUUAUUGGCCAUCAAAAUGGAGAAAAAAAACAAACUGAUGCUUGUGUUGUGAUUCCUCAGGAUCAGCGAGCAGAGAAAUGUCAGGAACGUGUUAAGGCUAAAGAAGCAGAAAGUCCAGAGUAUGUCCAUAUGUACACUCAAAGAAGUUUCCAGAAAAUAGUUCCCAACCCUGGUGUGAUUACCUAUGACACUGAGUUUUUCUUUGGGGCUGAUACCUUGGAAAGACUGGGGCUUAUGUCUUGAAAUAUAGCUUAUUGUACUUUCUCCUAACUGAGCUGGUUCAUCAGAACCAGACACCACUAUGGCCAUUCCUGCAUCUAAAGUACACCCACCUUUGAUCACUUAAGAAAUAUUAUAAGCAUUUCAGAAUGUGGCAAAUACCUUUUUCUGAUUUUCUCUUGUCUUAGCUCUAAAGACCAGGUAGAUAGAAAAUUCAGCUUAGGCCUGGAUGUAUCACCACUCACUCCUCCAAUUCCCAGUUACAGAGCUAACCCACUAUCCCAUUAUACUCCAGAUCUCUCUCUGAAAUGGGAUGAUCUGAACAAGGUUGUAGUGGGUUUAACUGUGCCUGACCCUAAGUGCAGGUACUAUCCUCACCCUGUAUUCCUGUAAAUGUGACUUUAUUUGGACAAAGAUGCUCUGCAGGUGUAAUUAAAUCAAGAUUCAGGAGACAAGAUCAUCCGGCACUAACUGGGUGAGCUCUAAAUCCAGUAACGAGUGUCCUUAUAACUAAAGAAGAAACACAGAGGAGAGACCCAGAAAGAAAGACUGUGUGGAGAUGGAGGCAGAGAUUUGAGAGAUACAUCUACAACCAGGGAUUGCCAAGAUUGCCAGAAGCCACCAGAAACUAGGAGAGCAGCGUGGAAUAGGUUCUCCACAAAAUCUCCGGAAAAAAACAACCCUGGUUACAUUUUUAUUUUAGACUCUGGUCUCCAA